AGUAGAUUCCUUGAUUUGAAAUUCCAAUCGCAGGUUGAUGUGAGAGAGAGAAGAGAGAGAGAGAUGGCGAUGGAGGCGAAUGUCGAAAUCCCCACCCUCAGGUUGGGAAAUCAGGGAUUAGAGGUUUCCAAGCUGGGUUUUGGAUGUGUGGGCCUAACUGGCGCGUACAAUGCUCCAUUAUCAGAGGAAGAUGGAAUUUCAAUCAUCAAGGAUGCUUUCAGUAAAGGAAUCACUUUCUUUGACACGGCGAAUUCUUAUGGAGCUGGUGCCAAUGAAAUCCUGGUUGGGAAGGCCUUGAAGCAGUUGCCUCGACAAAAAAUCCAAUUAGCGACGAAAUUCGGCAUAGUCAAGUUGGACAAGAACAGCUUCAAAGUUAAAGGCACCCCUGAAUACGUACGUGCAUGCUGUGAAGCUAGCCUUAAGCAUCUUGGCGAGGAUUACAUCGAUCUCUAUUAUCAGCACCGGGUCGACACAUCUGUUCCUAUAGAGGAAACUAUGAAUGAACUCAAGAAGUUGGUGGAAGAGGGGAAAAUAAAGUAUGUCGGGUUAUCUGAAGCCAGUCCGGAUACAAUAAGGCGUGCGCAUGCAGUGCACCCCAUAACUGCUAUACAGAUGGAAUGGUCCCUUUGGACUCGUGAUAUUGAGCAAGAGAUAGUCCCACUUUGCAGGGAGCUUGGUAUUGGGAUAGUUGCAUACAGCCCUCUUGGUCGUGGCUUUUUCGGUGGGAAGGCAGUUGUGGAGAGUAUUCCUGCAGAUACUUUCUUGAGUACACAUCCAAGGUUCACUGGGGAAAAUUUAGAGAAGAACAAGAUCUUCUACAGGCGGAUAGAGAACUUGGCUGCAAAGCAUGGGUGCACCCCUGCUCAGCUUGCUCUGUCAUGGCUUCUCCAUCAAGGAGACGACGUGGUUCCCAUCCCCGGCACAACCAAGUUGAAGAACCUAAAUGACAAUAUUGGCUCCUUGAUGGUGAAGCUUACAGAAGCAGAUUUGGAAGAAAUAUCCCAAGCCGUGCCGAUCGACGAGGUGGCCGGAUCUACCAUCUUCGAAAACAUUUACUUACACUCGUGGAAGUUUGCAAAUACACCGCCAAAGGAUGGAAAGAAGUCAGUUUAAGGGCCUGUUUGGCCAGUUGCAUUGGGUGGGAUUAAGGUGGAUGAAAUUGUAAAAGUUACAAUAAAUGCACGUGUAAGGUAUUGUCCCUGGAUUGGGUGUA